AAUUUCUGAGUGCCAGAGAUGGCCGGAUGUUGGAAACUAGUCGGGGAAGACUUGGUGGAGGAGGAGGAGGAGAAGGAGCAUCCCGACGGCGCGGUGACCCACGAGGCCGCGGCCCCCGCCCCGCUUCCGCCUGGCUGGCAGACCUACCUGUCACCCCAGGGACAUCGCUACUAUGUCAACCCCGCCACCAAUGAGACUACUUGGGUGCGACCACAAGGAUCUCCUGGGACCGGUUCCCCCGCGAGCCCCCGUCGGAAGACCAGCUCUCCGUCUGCAGCAGUGAACGGAUUCCACGCCGCGGGCGCGCCCCCGGCCCAGGCACAACCCGCCCCCAUGAGUCUCCGCAAACCACCCAGCGACUCCCUGAACCCGGGAGCGCCGUCUCCGGGGAAGAAGUCAAGCAAGGACAGGACCAUCACGAUCAACUGCGUGACUUUCCCCCACCCGGACACGAUGGCUGAGCAGCAGUUGCUGAAACCCACGGAGUGGAGCUACUGUGAUUACUUCUGGGCAGACAAGAAGGACCCCCAAGGAAACGGCAGCGUGGCAGGGUUUGAACUGCUCCUGCAGAAGCAGCUGAAAGGGAAACAGAUGCAGAAGGAGAUGUCGGAGUUCAUCCGGGAAAGAAUCAAGAUCGAGGAGGACUACGCUAAGAACCUCUCCAAGCUGUCACACAACUCUUUGGCUGCCCAGGAAGAAGGGUCCCUGGGAGAGGCCUGGACACAGGUGAAGAAGAGCCUGGCGGACGAGGCCGACGUCCACCUCAAGUUCUCCGCCAAGCUCCAGAGUGAGGUGGAGAAGCCACUGAUGAACUUCCGAGAGAACUUCAAGAAAGACUUAAAGAAGUGUGACCAUCACAUCGCAGAUCUGCGCAAGCAGCUGGCCAGCCGCUAUUCCUCGGUGGAGAAGGCCCGGAAGGCCCUGACGGACCGGCAGAAGGACCUGGAGGUGAAAACGCAGCAGCUGGAGAUCAAGCUCAGCAACAAAACGGAAGAGGACAUCAAAAAGGCCCGGCGAAAGUCCACGCAGGCUGGAGAUGAUCUGACGCGCUGCGUAGACCUCUAUAACCAGGCCCAGUCCAAGUGGUUUGAAGAAAUGGUGACCGCCACCCUGGAGCUGGAGCGGCUGGAGGUGGAACGGGUGGAGAUGAUCCGGCAGCAUCUGUGCCAGUACACGCAGCUGCGACACGAGACUGACAUGUUCAACCAGAGUACCGUGCAGCCCGUGGACCAGCUGCUCCGGAAGGUGGACCCCGCCAAGGACCGGGAACAGUGGGUGAAGGAACACAGGACGGGAGCCAUCCGGCCCGUGGAUUUGGAAAUCUAGGGCCGCCCGGGGUGAGUUUCAGGGGGUCUGCUGGGACCGGGCGGCCCCGGGCACUCCCCGGCUGAGAAGAGACAGACGGACGGACGCAGAGGCCCACCCCUCCUCCCUUCCGCUGGAUCUAUGCUCUGGCCGCAUCCUGGCAUCCUCUGCUCCAGGCGGGGGCCACAGGCCUCGUGGGACCAGGCUGCGUCGGACCUGAGGCGGGCGGGUGCCCCUAGGGCCGGUCACCAGCCCCUCCCGUCCCCGCUGCCCCCUCCGCCCCCUUCACAGACACCCUGAACAGCCCGGCCCCUCUCCCCACUGACCCGUCCCCCCAUCCCAGCGCUGGGAUCCUGGACCAACUACCUCAUGCAGACGCCCCUGCCCCUCAGGCCGUCCCACCGUGGGCACCAGGCCGGCCACCCCGGGGACCCUCCAGGCCUGCAGGUCUGCAUCCUGCAGACCCUGCUUGUCCGGCCCGUCAUCUCUGUCCUCUGGGGCUGACCCGACCACCUCCGGGCUCCAGGCCUCAAGUUGGCAUCCGCUCCUGGUCAACAGUGGGGUUCCAAGGCCUCGAUCCCAUCCCGCCUCCGGCCUGUUCCCACCCUCAGUCCCUCCCCCUGCCCUUCCCAUUCCCAGCCCCCCGUAUCCCACCCCCCUAUGGGCCCCACCCCAACCCCUGUUCCCAAGGCCUUGGGCCCACUGCCAGAAAGGAGAAUUGAGGCAGCUGGGGCAUGAGAGAAAUAGAACUGGCAAGGUGGCUGGGGUAAGGGGGUAGCCGCCCUUUCAUUGAUCAUUUUCACAUUGGAGGGAAGCAAGGUUUGUGCCCACCUGGCAGCACUUGCAGAUGAGCGAGGGAAGGUCUCGCCCUUAUCCCUUGUGCCUCUGGAUGGGCUGCCUGCUUCCCGGGCUGCUGAGGGCCCUACAGCCGCCCGACUCCAGGACCCGGGAGGCCUGUUGGCACCCCGGGUUGGCAGCGGUCCUCUUCCCUGGGCCCCCAGAGGCCCGAUCAGAGGGCCGGUUCCUACUUACCCAUCGUCCUCGGUUCCUGGAGGGGGCCGGUGGUUUCUGUUGUGGGGGAGAAGGCCAUCAGGCUCAUCUGGUGUUGAGUCCUGGCCCGGGCAGGGCAGUGCCAACCGCCCUUGGACCGGGGUUCUGGAUGGACGGCCCGGAGGCCUUCGGACGGGCCGUCUGUCCGGCCCCGCCAUCCGUUUCUCCUCCGGCCGGGCCUCGGGACCCUAGCAGGCCUUGCUCUAGGGGCAGCCCCGUCUCCCAUCUCGGGCAGCCUGUGGAGACCCCAGGCCUUCACUUCUUCACCAGCAGUCCAAGUGGGCUGCUGGUGUGGACUCUCCCUGCAAGCUGUUGGGCUCCACUCCUGCAGACCAGGGGUUGGGACCUGAGGCAGCUGGGGCCGGGGCAUCAGAAAAUGGGCCUGAAGCCAGGGCGGGGGCAUCAGUUAACAGGCCUGGGGCCUGGGGCCAGGGUGGGGGCAUCAGUUAACAGGCCUGGGGCCUGAGGCCAGGCAGGGGCAUCAGAUAAUGGGGCUGGGUCCUCAGGCCGGGCAGGGGCACCAGAUAACGGGCCUGGGGAUUGAGGACAGGCAGGGGCAUUCAGAUAUUGGUCCCGGGGCUUGGGUUGCCCAGCUUCCCGGCCCAAACUGCUCCUCGGGGGCUGGUCCUGGGGGCGGGGCCUCCCCUAAGGCCACUCCUGGAGGCGGGGCUUCCCUCCAGGCUGCUCCUCAGCCGGCCAGGAGGCAGGAAUGUCGGUAGCCCCCACAGUGACCCUGGUAGCCAGGAGCCAGGGUUUCCCCAGGGGGGCUGGACUGUCCCCCCCCCCCCCAUCAAGGGCCAACGCCUUCCUAACUCCAGGAACGAGACCCCAGGGGGGAGAGGGCAUCAUCCAGCCUGACCCGGGCUUCUCACGGAGCCGAGCGCCAGCCGGGGACUGGACCGGUGGGAAGGGUCCCCACUGGGCACCACCAGGCCAGGCGGAUAGCGGGGAGACCAAGCCCUUUGGCUGGUUAACUGGUGAGGCGGCGGGGCCGACCCCCAGCCUCCACAGAACGACCCCGGCCCACCCCCGCCGGCCUGUGUCGCUCAUCAAUCAACCAAUCAAUCGUAUUUAUUGAGCGCUUACUGUGUGCAGAGCACUGUACUAAGCGCUUGGGAAGUACAAGUUGGCAACAUAGAGAGACAGUCCCUACCCAACAGUGGGCUCACAGUCUAAAAGCUCAUCACAAUGAUCAGGCCGGUCCUGAGGGGCGACCCUGGCCUGGGCCCCGAAAUGGUGGUGGGCAGGUCAGGACAGGGGACCCCCUGGCCCAGAGACCACCCCUACAGCGGUGACGCCCCCCUACCUCACUUCCCAGUGGGUCGCGGGCCCCUUCCCCGGCCUCUCUUCUCCGGAUCCACGUGUAGGCCCAGUCGGUCUCCCAGGGCCGCGGCCCGCCGGUUCAGAGCCGAGGCCCUGGUCGUUCCGGAAGGCCCCCUGGGCUCCUGGGUUCCCGGCCGGCCUCUCCGGACACGGGAGACCAGGCCUGAAUUCAAACGGGGGUUCGCCCCAUCCCCAACUGAGCACCAGCCCCCGCUCCCCAACCCCAGGGCGGGGGCUUCGGGGGCCGGACACCCCCCCCCAACCCUUCCGCCCAAGGUCCUGUCCCACUGGCAGAGCUUCCAGUUAGGGUCAAGCCAGCCGCACGCACGCACACACAAACACACACCUCUUGCAUGUUCACAGCCGCGCCCCUCCAGACCAGACAGAAACAUGCAUGCACGAGUGCACAUAACUACAGACACACAUGCACACCUGUUGUAUGACAUGGAGGCAUAGGUGCAUCAAAACUUUCUCAGAUCUAGGGAGUGAGACUCACUAGAAGCCAAACACACACACACACACACACAAACGCACUCCCUCCUCUCCCCACCUCCCCAAUUCCAUACAAGCUUCCUGGCCCUUUGGUGUGUUCACUGUUACUGCUUGAUCAGUCCCCGCUUGGCCCCCUCUCCCCCUGGAGCCGUCCCAUCAGCCCAGACCUUGUGUCGUCCGUGGGGAAAGUGAGUCACUGCCUUUGCCCUGUCCCUGCCCAGGGUCUCCAGCCUGGCAUCAGGCCCCCUCCCCAAGGAGGCUGCCCUGUCAACCAGCUCGGCCCCACAUGUUUAAAUAGCCCCCCAAGUCUGUGAGUCCAGAGCCCGCUCCUGCCGAGGGUCCCUGGUGACCCAGGAAGCCGAGUCCACGGCCCCAAGCCCGGGCCCAGCCAGCAGGAAGAACCCCAGUCGUCUUAGAAAGGGCGUCUGCGGCGAUGGACACGGCGUCCAAACCCGGACAUUGCCAUUUCUUGCCUGCUGGACAGGCCAGGGGGUGGGGGGUUGACACAGCGGCCCGUUCUUCGGCCCCAGUCCCUCCUUCACCCGUCCCGCCCCACCCCUCCGAGCUGAGAUUUCUAACACUCCAAAGCUCCUCGUCCACCCCAAUCUCUGUGUAACUUUUGCUAAAUACUUUUUACGGUUUUAAAGCAUCGAGCUGUGUCUCCCUCCCACCGAAGAAGGGGGGGAAGGACUCCCCCCUACCCGCCGGGGGGGCGGCCCAGGUGCGGGAUGGGACAAAUUAUCUUGGCCGUGACCUCGAAGUCCGGCGACCUCGCUGAUCCGUCUGAGCCGAAAGCCACCCCGAAGGGCAUUAUGGAUGGGUUGAGCCCUGAACGCCCCCCCACCAGACCCCCCACCCCCUGUGGGUCUCCUCUGCUAAGCUCUGGGUUCGCCUCUGUUUCCCCUGUUAACCGUUCGCUGGCUUUGCUUCCUUCGGUGGAGAAUAAACUGUACAGACCCCUGCCCCCCACCCUCCCUAAAGUUGUGAUCUG